GUGUGUGUGUGUGUGUGUGUGUUGGUGUUGUUUUUCACUGCGCUGAUUCGGUUCCGCUCCUCCCGCGGUGUUGACGCGUGUCAAUCUUUGGGGCGCGGGGAAGGCGCGUGACGUCGCGCGACGUCAGCCUCGGUAGAAGGGGGGAGCGGGUGCGCGCGGACGGGCGGAAUGGCGACGCGGUGCUGCAGCGCGAGAUGUUCGGCGGAACGGAAAGGGUUCCGGCGCGAGCUCGACUCCUGGCGGCACAAACUCAUCCACUGCGUCGGGUUUGAGAGUAUACUGGAAGGAAUCUAUGGGUCGAGGCUGUUGCAAGAUCUCAGCAUAUUCGACAGUGUGUGUUUGCUUCUCAGAUUGUGAGCCUGAAGCGACUGCUGAUUGGUCGACGGAUGUGCGCUGCUCCUUCUGCAACUUACAGCUCGAAAAAAUCAGUGACCGCUUGCCUGACUCGCCCCCCCAUGCCGAAACCCCCCCUCAGGGCAUCAACACCUCAGACACACUCCAGUGCCAAGCAGACCAAUUUCUGCAUGCAGUCUUACACAAGAAAGAAUUCCCUGAGAGCUGCGACCCCAUUAUUCCGUUGGCUGCGCAGGAGUUGAUGAGGAAGAUGAUUCGCCAGUUUGCCGUUGAAUAUGCGCAUAAAAUUCAAACAGUCGAAAACCAGAAUGCCAUCACGCAGACCGAGCCAGACGGACCACUGGACCUGACGCUCAGCCGCAACACACCGUGUGCGCAACAAGCAGAUGGCGUUCUCGAUCUCUCAAAGAAAAACACACCGUCUCUGAACACGCUCGCGCAACAAAGACUAUCAGGCUGUUUGGAGACAGAGAGAGGAGAGGAGCGGAGAGGUACGGCGCUGGAGGAGGUGAUGACAUCGCUUUGUGCUCACCACAGAGUCCUGCUGUUGCACAUCCUGCAGGAAAUGACGCCAUUCUUGCCAAAGGACGAGCGUGGGGUGGUGGCGGCUCAGAGGGACGUGCGUGGGACAGCAGGGACUCCGAGGAGCGAGCACGGUGGACACUGCUGUCGUGCUGACGAAUCGCUGUGUGUGUUGAGUAGCUGUGUUGCGGCCGGGUGUGUAUGCCCGUGCAAGCUUGGAGUGUGCGCGCUGCGUUCCUUGUGUGUGUGCAUGAAGAGCUGUAGCGGAUCCUCCUGUCGGAGCGUCGCACUCGGGUGUGCCGGCCGCUGCGCUCGCUCCCGGAUACCGCUGUGCCAGAACACACACGGCAACGACAUCACGCACGGUGCACACACAGGUAGCGUCACACACUCGCGCUGCCACAGUCCAUCCCCUCCCCCGCUGUCGCCGAAACCGCAGGACGCCGAGAGCAGUCGUGAUCCAGACAUGCCCGGGCUGAACACGCACACCCUGAAUACACAGCCUCCACCUCUCCUUCCUCACAACACACACACUGAUCAAACACUGACGCCCGAGACACAAGCCAAGCCUGAACACUUAAUAGACUUGAUGGACAAGUUCACCGACACGCUCAUGGAAGCGUCGGAGCGAGAGUGGAGUGUGCAGACGCAUGCGGGCGACAGCGUGAAAGCGUGUGAUGACACGCACCUGACCGAGAUCAUCACCACCGUCUUGCACAGCAGCAGUGAGAAAGACUACAACCUGAAGGAGCUCUUCGAGCAACACCUCGCCUCUGAGAAACGAUCCCCUCAGACCCGCUCACAGAGGCGACAGGAAGUGAUGGAGGCCAUAAGCAGGUCGCAUGACCAACCCGCAACACGCAGGCAAAGCCUACAGAUCAAACGCGACCUUGCGCGACUUGAACCCGACAUUUCUAGGAAGAAGAAGAGGAAGACGUACCCGAUUACCCAAGGCACACACGCUCAGCGCCCUGACACGCCCACCUCAGACGCUCAGAGCCCGGACGCGCCCGCCUCACACGCUCAGAGCCCGGACGCGCCCAACACACACGCUCCGAGCCCGGACACGCCCAACACACACGCUCCGAGCCCGGACACGCCCAACACACACGCUCCGAGCCCGGACACGCCCUACACACACGCUCCGAGCCCUGACACGCCCGCCUCACACGCUCCGAGCCCGGACACGCCCAAAACACACGCUCCGAGCCCGGACACGCCCAAAACACACGCUCCGAGCCCGGACACGCCCAAAACACACGCUCCGAGCCCGGACACACCCUACACACACGCUCCGAGCCCUGACACGCCCGCCUCACACGCUCCGAGCCCUGACACGCCCGCCUCACACGCUCCGAGCCCGGACACGCCCUACACACACGCUCCGAGCCCUGACACGCCCUACACACACGCUCCGAGCCCUGACACGCCCUACACACACGCUCCGAGCCCUGACACGCCCGCCUCACACGCUCCGAGCCCUGACACGCCCGCCUCACACGCUCCGAGCCCUGACACGCCCGCCUCACACGCUCCGAGCCCGGACACGCCCGCCUCACACGCUCCGAGCCCGGACACGCCCGCCUCACACGCUCCGAGCCCGGACACGCCCGCCUCACACGCUCCGAGCCCGGACACGCCCGCCUCACACGCUCCGAGCCCGGACACGCCCGCCUCACACGCUCCGAGCCCGGACACGCCCUACACACACGCUCCGAGCCCGGACACGCCCGCCUCACACGCUCCGAGCCCGGACACGCCCGCCUCACACGCUCCGAGCCCGGACACGCCCGCCUCACACGCUCAGAGCCCGGACACAACCAGCAUGCUCAGUCCGAGCUCAGACACGCUCAACUCACACACUAAGAGCACGGUCACAAUUAAGUUACAUGCUCAGAGCCCAGACACGCCCAACACACAGGCUCAGAGGGCAGACACGCCCAACACACAGGCUCAGAACCAAGACACAACCAACACACACGCUCCGAGUCAAGACACGCCCAACACACAUAGUAACAUAUCAGUGACGUGUACAGAGAAAGCAGAGCCCUGUGGCACUUUGAGGUCACGGCGGAACAUUGUCCGCCCUCAACACUUGUCUUCUUAUGUCACCGAGCCAAGGAAGAUGUUUUACGCUGCCUGUCGCUCUGCUAAAGCUAACAGUACCCCAACACAUGGCACCGACACGAUUGAACCCCCACCCAGUGCUCUGACAGAACAACCCAAAACUCCACCUGCUUCACCUAACAAGAGAAAACUCCGUAAGGACGAGAACAGUGAACAGUCUCAUGCUGAACGUCGACCAAGGGUAACGACACGCCGUUCUGAAGGCAUAACACAAUCCCCAAGUCCUGUUACCAAUGACUCCACAGACACUGACGACGUCAAGUACAUCAGUCCAAUAAAACUCAUGCUAGUGUCGACUAUUAAAGAUGAAGAUGGCGUUAAGUACACACUCAGAGCUGCACAACCACAAAAUGAUGAAGAAUCGUUCGAUCCGUGUGUGGAGGCGUCGUGGGCGGGAAACACAAUCAAAGAGCAGGCCAAGGAUAAAACUAUAGUGACGACAAGCAACGAGCGUACCGAAAAGCUCUCUACAGAAGACUCUGCUAACACAGAGGGUCUCAGCGACUGUGUAAAUAGCGUUAAUGAGACUGAUCCGACUAUUAAGAGGCGCCCUGGACGACCCAAAAAGCUAAAAGCUCCAAUAGAGAAAGCAGUGAAGCGUCCAAUCGGCCGACCGCGGAAAUUCAAACCAGGGGACACAAAUGCGGUUUCCGGUGAGGACACGGAAAAACAAAGAGCAGAAGAUGUGUCGAGCGGAGAGGAUGGCAAUAAAAACCUAAAGAUCAUCAUUACAUACGGGAGGCGGAAAGCACGUAGGAUGGUGUGUGAAGGACACGUUCCUACAGAACAAAGCAAAGGUAAUGGAGCUUCUUUAAAACAAAGCAGCAAUGCAGAAGAGAAUGCGCAGUCCACACAGGCACAAGUCAGCAUGAAGAAGGAUCACUUUAACCUAGUCAUGCCUGUGGAGGACAGGAAGUGUCUCACGCAUUCAGUCAUGUGUCCAAAGCAGAGUGACGAAGCGGGGACCAGGAGACCAGGACGACCGGCUAAGGUCAAAAUCUCAGGGAUUUCCGUUACUGUUACCACGGUUUCACCACGGCAGCGCAAAAUCCACAUGAAGCGAGACGUGAGAGAAACAGCUGUACAGCGACGGGCACUGGUCACGCAACUGGAACUGAAUGAAGAACAGGAGACAAUCACUGAGGAAAUGCAAGCCUCCGUUAGACACUCGGUCAGAGAAAGAAGACCUUCCAUCCAUCUGCUGCGGUGUGUCGCGAUGUCACGUUCUAACACACAGACACCCAGAUCUCGCAAACUGCUGCUGAACAGAGCUAACGUAACCCACCAGGAGACGCAACAGCAUGAACCUCAAAACGCUAAUGACACUAAGACCAGGCCAAACACUUCUCCACAGGAUGCCGUCCAUUUCCCAGCAGAGUCGGUCGAGUCCCUCUUUGAUGCAAAUCUGCGGUGGUGGCCGACGUCCGCGUCACCCGAGUCGUUAAAGCAAGAGAUGAACAGGCGGCUCGACGUGAUGAAAGAGACGUGGGUUUCGGACACGACAGACGCAAGCACGUCAGAUGAGGACAACGGCUCUGCUCCAAGUUCGUCCUCGGUGAGGAUGCUGUUUGAGCGAGACUGCAGCAUGGAGACGCUGUGCUCCUGGUUCAUGCAGACAACCGAGACGCAGUCUCUCGCCAUCGUAAAGAAGGCCAACAACCGAAAUCCAUGCGAGGUUUUUCAGUAUAGCUCAGUCCAGGCGAGUAAUAGACCGAACUUAUGCUCGAGUCUGCAAGCAGAGCGGCUCAGGAAAUGCGUCAAGAAAUUCGCUACGGUUGUCCCUAAAAGCCCGGCGAAACUCCGGCGAGCACAAGCGCAGAUCCGCGGCGCACAAAACGGCUACACCAAGCAACGUGUGUCAGACACGACACACACCGAUACCGAGAAAUCACAGCAGUGUGGAGCGUGGCGCCUUUAUAGAACUGUGCUAGAUCGAGCAAGAUCACGAUUCAAAUCCAGGACCAAGAACACCGACGUAGACUAUAAAAGCCUUAACGAGCAGGAGGAGAACGGGAUUCAGCCUGCGAGUGUGUCUGAACACGGUCUACUGAACACAGUACAGAGCAAGUCCCGCAGGACAUCGACUCAGCAAAAGCAGAUCGCUGCUAAUGCCUGGAGUGCGCACACACUGAGGGAGUGCAAGGUGUUUCUGAAGAAGUUAAACUCCGCCAACACACGCUCACCGUCUGAGGAGUGUAACGACUGCACGGUGAGGUUCAGCGUAUCGCCUGCCGGAGGCGGGUCUGUGCAACAUCGGGGACAAGGGGUCAGAAAGUGCAUUAAACUGGAGAAGAGGAGUAACUCGGGCCCCUCCACACGGCAGCAGAGUAAGGUAAACAGGAAAGGAAGGCACUCCUGCACAAAUGUUUCGCCUCCAUCACCGAAACGGCAGCGCAGCAGCAGAGGAGUGAUGGCAGCCAAGUGGUCCGACUUUAUACUCGGUCCGGCCCGAUAGCAGCGUUUUUCCUCACACACUCUGUGCCUUUAAAAACGAUGAGCCGGGGAAACAAGAAGUGUUACGACAUGCACACAAAAACCCGGCAAGCAUCACGUAGCAACAAACUUUAAGAAACUUGCACUAUCUUACUGCAUUAUUUCAUUUUCUCUUUAUAUCUGAGAGAUGCUGUGUUGGAAUUUUUUUUUUUUUUUUUUUUUUUUUAAUUGUUUGUUCAGAAGCGCGAGUGCACUCGAUGCCGUCUCUAAACGCAUGUAAACGAGUUCGAGCCAACACACUGAUAAUCCUGUUUCUCAUUUAACACCUGAUACACCGCAAUCUCAGAAAGAAAACGGCAUUAUACAACCUGUUGUUCAGAACGAAACGAUAGUUACAUUUUCAUAUCGCACUUACCUUUAAUUUCAAUCUAUAAAAUUACAUUGUAAGCGUUAUUCUCCAGAUCCGUGUCCUUCAGGCUUUAAUCUUCGACAAAACACACACUCUUUCAAAAAUAAUAAGAGCCACUAUCAUGUGCUGCCUUCUGAAAGGGAGAAACUUCCCAAACAUGCUGCCCACCUAGAGAGGGAGAUGCGGAGGGAGGAUCGUCGGUAACAAAAUCAGUGUGAAUAUUGUGAAUCUCUGAGCUGAAAAUGAUUCGAUUCUGAUUCUCAGGGAAAUGAUUCAGUGCAACAUAAGAUCUUGAGUAUAGUCCCGAAUUAAUUAGAUUCUAUAUAUUAAACACUAAAGUUCAGAUUUGAUUCGAGAAGCCUUAACAUAAUUGUAGAACGUUCGCAAUAAAUAAUCGUAUAUUUAUUAUUUUUUAAAAACCUGUUUACAAAAUUGAUGCAGCUGAUGCAUUGUCACCUAUAGACCAACCAAGUGGUGUUUUACACCACUUAUAUCGUGAUAUAUCGUAUAAACGAUUAUCGGUAUAGGACUAAUUAUAUAUUUUACUGUGAGUAACAUUGGGUUCUGGAGAACUGAUUAGAAAAUCUACCAGUAAUCUCUUCUCUUCUUAAAGCAUUAAAACAUGUAUGUUGUGUUGCACUACAAGUAGCUAAAUCUUCUUUAUCAUUUUAUACACACACACACACACACACACACACACACACACACACAAACAGAAACACAC